UGGGGUGGCCAAAGGAGUAAGAGUUUUACAGUCCUAUAAGGAAGAUCUGUUAUGGCAAAUCUGUUAUCUGCCAGGUAAGCCCCAAAAAAGCAAGUUUGGGCAGUGAGUGGUUAACAGGUUAGCACUGUAAGCAGAGAAACUUGAUGGCUUUCCUGAAGGAAGGUGAUUUGUGUUGGAGUAAGAUGCGACUGAAAUGAAGGGACGAAUCUGGAAUUGAAAUCUGUAAUUCACCUGUCAUUAUCCUGCGGGUGAGAAGCGUCAGUCGGGUCUGCUUGAGCCUGGAUCGCUGGGGGAAAGCUGAGAAGUGCCGAGUGUGAAGGUCUGAAAUGAACUGAGGGUGUGUGCAAAGGGCUGUGGUGGAGAAUGGGUGGGCAGGAGCCCUCUCCUUAAGUCUUCCUAUAAAUGGUCUAGAAAUAAAACAAAGAACAACACUUUCGGUGUUCUGUUCCCACUGUUCUGUGGGAAUGGCCAUACCCUUAAUAUUCUCUCUGAUUUUUUUCACUUUGUGGCUUUGUAAGUAUAGGGAAAAUACAAAGUUCAGUUGUGUUAAGGUGGGUGGGGAAGGAACAUCAAAUGAGCUUUUCUGUUACAAAAUUAAAGGCCAACUUAACCAACUUCAUGCACAGUUGCUGGGAUAGGGCAUUGCAAGAGGAGCCGGUUCUGCUGGAUGCCAGCCACAACAUCAAGGCACCUCAUGCAAAUCCAGGACCAGAGCUGAUGGAGACCCAUUCCUUUGCCACUGCCAAUUGCUUGACGAGGCAUCCCUCUGCCCGGACAGGGCACUGCCUGCAUGGAGACCAGGCCUGUGGUCUUACAGACAUUGGGCAGAGUUCAUCAUCGACCCUGCUGGACCCUCACUGCUCAGACAGCAGUGGGACUGCAGAGCUUGGGGAGUGAGAUUGAAGAGGAGGAGAUGCUGUGACUUCCUUGACCACUGGCUGCAAGAAGAGGGUUACAGGCAAUGAGUAGCUGUCAAACCUCAGUGAGCUGGGCUUUCAGUGCUGCCUCUGGGCUCAUGCUGGCGAUUUUUCAGGAUAUACCUUUAGGGACAAAGGUCCAGAAGCAGGAUCUGUAAAACAACAGCAGGGCUGUGGCUGGCAAGGGCUUAUCAGCAUAGUUAGUGUGGGAACAUAGGAGUUGGACAUUUUAGUGCACACCUUUUACAACCUUUAUUCACUUGCUGGAAAGAGGAUAGUGGUCUCCCAACUCUCCAUUGCACCGAAGAUGGGGAAAGCUUGCUUGGGAGGGAGAGACAUGGGGGUGGGUUGCACAGUUCAUUGCCUGCUUAUGGCUCCCUUGACCACAAUUUAGUACCUACUGAUCUAGACAAGGUGGGAGGGAAAUGUGUUAAUAGUGUUUUGCAGCUGUUUGGGACUCCACCGAGGGAGUUUUGGGUUGGACUGGGACAGAACUAGGUGCUGGGAAGGGCAAGACAUGGAUGGCAGACUGGUGAAUCGGCUGCCAGGGUUAGCUGGGAUGCAGUUGAUCCUGCUCAAACCUUGGGCUCCAUGAUUUUUUGACAUUUGGGCUCUGUUUUCAGACAUUUCAUGCUGUGAUGCAGCUAAAACAUGGCCACAGGCAUGUGCUGGAGGACGAGGAACCUCCUUGCUUUCCUUCCUCUGCUUGUGUUUCAGGUCACCUUCUAUGAAGACAAGAAUUUCCUAGGCCGUUCCUAUGAGUGUGAUGGUGACUGCCCUGAUUUUCACACCUACCUGAGCCGCUGCAACUCCAUCCGUGUGGAUGGAGGUGCUUGGGUGGCCUAUGAAAGGCCCAGCUUUUCUGGGAACAUGUAUGUUCUGACGCAUGGGGAGUAUCCUGACUGCCAGCACUGGAUGGGCCUGAAUGACCGCCUUGGCUCCUGCAAAGCCAUCCAGAUACCAAGUGGAGGCCGGGGCCACAUCCAGGUAUUCGAGAAGGGAGAUUUUGGUGGGCAGAUGUUUGAAACCACCGAAGACUGCCCUUCAGUCAUGGAAGAGUGGCACAUGCGCGAGGUGCACGCCUGCAGAGUGCUGGAGGGCGUCUGGGUUUUCUAUGAGCAUCCCAACUACCGGGGCAGGCAGUACCUGCUGCCCAAGGGGGAGUACCGCAAACCUGUGGAGUGGGGAGCGGCCAGCCCCGCUGUCCAGUCCUUCCGCAGCAUCACCCAGUGAGGAGCCAGCCCAUUGACUCAAUAAACCAACUAAGUUGCUCAGCUCA